AUGAGCUUACUCAUCGAUGACGAUAAUUACAGAUUCUAUGAUCGCCGUUCAAAAAACCACUUCAAAUGGUCCUUUGGUCGUCAUAAAUCUGACAAUGUUAACACUUCGAAUGCUUUCAUUCCACCUCGAUAUAUGUUCAGCUACGAAACAACAGACUCAAAUGUCAAACAUAUUGAAUUCACAAAGCCGUCUGAAUUAUUGUAUCCCAAUGGCGGUGUAGGCGAUCGGCAAGAAACAUUCGAUUUCAGCACAGCUUUCUCUUUUUCUGAAAACAAGUUAGACGCCAAUGAUCUCGAUGUGGCAAACAAUUACAAGACAAUAUUCACGUAUUCAGAUCCUAUAUGCAAUGUAGAUUACCAAUUAUCAACAACGUAUGAUUAUACGGAUAGUGCACAGAGGAAAAAUAUAGACAGUCGGGUGUACUAUGCAAUCAUUGCUUUAUCCGGCUUACUGUUAGUUCUAUUCUUCCCAUUCCUCUGCUGGUUCUAUGUGAAGCAUCUUAUUAAAAGUGAACGAAUCAUUGUCUUUCGACUUGGUAAGAGAAUGAAAACUAAAGGUCCAGGCUGGGUAUUUAUGCUGCCUAUAUGUGACCGUUUUCAUCGAAUCACUCUUGACGAUCAAACAGUGAAAAUAAAACCGGUAUCUGGUGGUACACAAGAUGAGGCGGUUGUUGAAGUGACUUGUUCGUCAACAUUCUAUCUCCUUGAACCAGAAUAUGCAUUCAGUAUGACAAGUAAAAGUCCUGUGGAGAUUGUUUCAACACAAACUCAGUUGUGCGUUCUUUCAGCACUUUCCCACUUAGAAUGGAAUUACUUGGAACAUGGGAAUGCUAAAGUAGACUUGGCUAAUGAAACAAAGGGCACACUGAAUACACGUUGUAGUGCGUAUGGAAUUCAUGUCAAAGAAGUUGAAAUUGGAGAUUUAGUUCUACUACGUCCACCACCAGUGAACAAGCAGAAAUCAAAUAUUGAACUUGUUAGUAAACAUUUGCAACAAUUGUCAUGUGUCCUUUUGAACACUCGUGAUGCUACAUCAUCACAUUUCUCUAAAAUGUCUGCUGGCUUGAGCAUACCACAACAGCAACAACAACAACAUCAGCAGCAAGAAGAAACACCGUCUACAGGCAACACAGAAAUGAUUUCUAAACAAUCCGAGUCGUUAUCAUCUUCAACAACAAUCACAUCUGGUGAAUCCACCAAUUCUACUACGAUAACUGCUAUGACAGAAUCACAAAAACAACAUCAUUAUAAGCCAGUCAGUACCCUUCAGCAUUUAUGGCUUUCUCAGAAUCAUCCAUCCUUGUCAAGAGCAAUUACUCGUGCUCAAGGUUUAUUGAAUAGUGAUAUUGCUUGUGAAGCAUUAGAGAGGGCAUCAUUACAACUGGUUAUAUCAACGUCGUCAUCAUCGUCACAAAUCAAAUUGACCAAAGAUAAUUUACCCUUAUUGGAUACAGCUGAAAAUUUGGGGUAUACUCUCCUGUAUUUAGAUGCCAACAGUGGCAAAGUUGGAGUAGGCAAUGGCUUAUCACUACUGGAGAAACAACCGAAUUCUGCUACCCUAUACAUUCACAUCAAUGAUUUAAUCGAUGUUGUUGAAGGUCGUCUAGAUGUUCUGAAAGCAAUCGAAUCUGAUCAAGUCUGCAUGACUGGCUCAUUAACAGUUUUGAGUAAAAUGCGUCACUUACUUUAUUUACCAGCUUGA